UAUCUAGCACCAAUCAAUCAAUAAUUGAAACAAAAAUUGGAAACUAGGAUAGACUAGAGGGAGCAGAGAAGUAGUGAGUGAAACUGCAAAAAAACAGCAGUGGAGUGGAAGAAGAGCAAGAAGGAAGAAUGGAGGUUGGCAUCUAUCUCCACCUUCAUCACUAUAACCAUCAGCAUCUUCCAAGGUCUAUCCAUGGCUGUUCUUACUCUCAUUUCAACACAGUCGUCCUCGACAAUUCUCUUCUCCUCCGCCGCCAAUUCCCCUUCCGCGACACACAGUUCCAUGUCAAGGCCACUUCGACUUCCAGUAGCAGCACUAGUAAUUCUAGUCGUAUUAGACCUGAGAAUCGGCAUACGAACAGAAAGCCCUUUUUGGACAAUAAUCACCGAAGACCCCAACUAUCUGCACAAGAAGAAGAAGGAGAUGAUGAAGAUGAGGAGGAGGAGGAAGAGUAUGAUUUUGACCUAGCUGAAUCUGUAGCUGCAGCGACGAGGGGGAGGAAGAGGAGCUCUUCAUCGUUGAUUGAAGAAGAGGAUGAGGACGAGGCUUCGUACUCUUUGUCAUUGAGCGAGAAGCCGGACAGGAACAUGACCUUGCUCGACGAUUACGAGAUGGAGGAACUCGAUUCUCUCCCCGACCCUAACCAUCGGAGCGGAUAUGUGGCUGUACUCGGAAAGCCAAAUGUUGGAAAGAGUACACUUUCAAACCAAAUGAUAGGACAAAAGCUCUCAAUUGUUACGGACAAACCUCAAACUACAAGACACCGAGUGCUUGGUAUAUGUUCUGGUCCAGAGUAUCAGAUGAUACUUUAUGAUACACCUGGUGUAAUUGAGAAGAAAAUGCAUAAGUUGGAUUCUAUGAUGAUGAAAAAUGUCCGGCGUGCUGCCAUCAAUGCAGACUGCGUAGUGGUUGUUGUUGAUGCAUGUAAAGCACCACAAAAGAUAGACAAGAUCUUGGAAGAGUGUGUGGGGAACCUCAAAGACAAACCACCUACUUUGCUGGUUUUGAACAAGAGGGACCUGAUCAAACCUGGUGAAAUUGUGAAGAAGCUAGAGUGGUAUGAAAAAUUCACUGAUGUUGAUGAGGUCAUACCAGUGAGUGCCAAAUAUGGUCAUGGGGUGGAUGAUGUCAAGGAUUGGAUACUAUCAAAACUUCCAGUUGGGCCUGCUUAUUACCCUAAGGACAUUGCUAGUGAGCACCCAGAAAGAUUUUUUGUUUCUGAAAUAGUCAGAGAAAAGAUCUUUAUGCAAUACCGUAAUGAAGUUCCGUAUGCAUGCCAGGUCAAUGUAGUAGCCUACAAGUCUAGACCAACCGCAAAAGAUUUUAUUCAAGUUGAGAUUGUUGUCGAGAAAAACUCACAAAAGAUCAUCCUCAUUGGAAAGGAAGGGAAAGCUUUGAAACUACUAGCAACAGCUGCUCGGCUUGACAUUGAAGAUUUCUUGCAAAAGAAAGUUUUUUUGGAGGUUGAAGUAAAGAUCAAAGAGAAUUGGCGGCAAGAUGAAGGACUUCUGAAGAAUUAUGGCUAUGGGGGGCAAAUCCAAGUGUUGUAAUGUAAAUCUGAUUGCAACUGUGUUACAGUACAUAGCAGUUAUGGGCGAUGCGAAAGCAUGCCAUCAAUUUUCUCUGCUGCUGGAAUCAGGUAUUUUAAUCACUAAGUGGAAUAUUUUUUGGAAGUAAUUAUUGUUUGUCAUCUCUCUCUCUCUCUCUCUCUCUCUCUCUAUUUUUUGGAGGAACUGUAGUCAAGACUAAUAACUUCUUUAUGGGAUGAUUAUAGCUGUUUUGGUUGCCACUGUUGUCUUCAAAAGCGGUUCAUUGCCAAUAGCCAAAAUUUGAGAGGUGAUAACAUCACUAGUGGUGUGUUAAACCACCAAAAAUUUGUAAAAUCAUCUGAAGUGGCGUGUCGUUGCUCUUGCCAAAUUAUGGCAUUGACAAAAGUGUCUCCUCUCAUUAUGAGACUCACAAAUAGCUUUUUUAUUUGACAUUUUGUGAGGAAAAAAAAAAAUGGCACUUAUCCUAUUAUAGCAGAAUUGUCAAAUUAUAGCAUAUGGGCUCCCAUGGCAAAGCCAAAUUGGUUUUGACUUUAGCACACCAUUUGAUAUGCUUUAAUCUUAUUCAUUUUGCUCCAAAUUUAGCAAUAGCAAGUGAUGUAGCUCAUUAGAUUGUUCAGUAUCUAUCUUACUAUUAAUAUAUGAUGGCUCCUGAUGGUGUUGCAUCUUAGAUUAAGAGGAGGAUGUGACUCGAAACCAAGAUCACAGGUUUGAUAAAUAAGAUACGUACCACUUGAGCGACAUAUACUAUGUGUGUAUUUUUGUUUGUCAAUAUUCUUGUAAUAUUACAUAUAUUUUUUUCUAGAAUUGUGUGCAGACCACUGGUUGGGAGAUAUAUUCAACCCUUCAU